CAGGACCAAGGAUGUCAAAACGAGUCAGCUUCUAUGCUCUUAUAGGCCUGGCGUCCCUCUGCAUCUUCUUCUUAGCAUUUAAUCAACGCUACAGCAGCUAUCUCGAGCAUCGACUGCAGCCGGUAAUAUCGGAUGUUGAGAUAAGACCCCGCCUUGUCAAAAUUCAAGAACCAGUAACGGCGUAUUUUAGGGCAUCCACAGAAAAUGUCACGCUCUCUGAAAUCCAAGAGGUUGUGGACCAACAAAGAAAAGCGAUCCAGAGAGAAAUGGAGGACUACAGGUACCCGAAUGGAAAAUAUAGCGUCAAUGUUAGCAAGUUGGAGGAUUUAGUAAUGGAGAAAGGUGGAAGACCAAUGAGGAGCGUGAUUUUGACAAGCUGGCGAAGUGGAAGCACGUUUCUUGGCGACGUCAUAAACGCACAUCCAGCAAAUUUUUACCACUACGAGCCCCUGUUAGACUUUGGGAUUGUGCAAAUUCGGGGACCCCCACUCGCGGACGAAGCUCUUGGAAACCUCGAAUCUUUAUUAAGAUGUGAUUUUAAUAAUCUUGAUCGAUAUUUAGAAUAUGGUAAAACGCAUCCGUGGGUUUUCAAUCAUAAUACACAUUUAUGGAGGCAAUGUCAGGCACACAAGAAAAUUUGUUGGGAUCCACGCUUCGUUUCCAGAUUUUGUAAAUUAUUUCCAUUUCAAUCCAUGAAAAUCGUUCGUUUGAGGCUGCGUGCAGCGGAGAAACUUUUAGACCAAGAAGAUUUAGGAAUACGAUUAGUUUUAUUGAUUCGAGAUCCCCGUGGAAUCUUGCAAUCUAGAAAGCACCGGGAAUGGUGUCCCACUAAUCCAGAUUGCUCGGAUCCGGCAUUAGUAUGCGCUGACAUGGUGUCGGAUUUCAGCGCAGCAGUACGAUUAAUAAAAAAGUAUCCACGUACUUUCAGGGUAGUACGUUACGAAGACUUAUCCGUAGAUCCGUACAGACACGUGAAGAACCUAUACAAUUUUUACGGUUUGGACUUUCAUAUAAAUGUAAAAAGAUUUUUGGAUACUCAUACAAAGAAUGACGUCGGCGGUGUGUCGAGCACCUUCCGUAAUUCAAAAGUCGCGCCGUUUCACUGGCGGGCCGAUCUCGACUUCGAGGAAGUGGACGAGAUACAAAGGGUAUGCGCUGCUGCAAUGCGACUAUGGGGAUACGUUAUGGCGUUGAAUUCCACCCACCAAAAGGAAUUCGAUCCCCUCACCGAAUACCAUCUGCAAUUGUGACCAUACGCCGUGACGCGGGAUUUACAAGUAGUCGCAUCAUAAAUAUUGCACUGUGUAGAGACGGUGUUA